AUGCUCACGGCGCUCGCCCUCGGCCUCGUCCAUGGCGGUCCGCCGCCGCGCCACCACCUCCGUCCCAGCCGCGCUGCUCAACUGCGCUGCAUGGAGGACGUGAGCCUCACCGACAAAAUCGCGGCCACCACGGACAGCGCCAAGGCAUUCUCAGACGAGCCUGCGGUCAUCGAUGCGGACGCUGCGACAGUCGCAGACGUCGAGAAGCCCGGGGCGACAUCUGUGGGUGAUUCGGGAGACAAGGAGCGCCGGGCUGCACUCAUCACUGACCUGCUCGCUCUUGCCGCCGGCUCUUGCCGCGGCGAGGCUGCGUCGGAGAGCGAUCUGAAGUCCGCGCGUUCGCUCGUCGCCGAGCUCGAGGCGCUCAACCCGACGCCAGAGCCGACGCUCUCGCCGCUCUGCGAAGGGACGUGGGAGCUCGUCUUUUCCGACACGCAGCUCUUCCGCUCGAGCCCGUUCUUCAUGGCCGGCCGGGCGGUCUGCGAGGACGGCGCCCAGGCCGCACAGUACGACUGGUUCUGCGACAUGCACCGCGCGGCUCUCGCCAUCUCCACCAUCGGAAAGGUGCGGCAGAUCGUCGGGCGCGGCUCGGUGGUGAGUGAGUUCGAGGUCUCUGCCGGAGCCGUCCCGUUCCUCUCGGACGCGCUCCCCUUCCUUCGAUACUCGGGCGGCAUGCCGCUCGCCGUCAGCGGCGCGAUCGUCUCGACGGCGUCGGUCGUGUCCAACCUCGGCGAUGCGUGGAGACUGCUGAUGGACACGGUCGAGAUCAAGGGCUCCAACGUCCCGCUCCUCCGUCAGGCCCUCGACGCAGGCCUCCGCCUCCAAACCCGCGACCUCGGGAGCGCGCUCGAGGCGACGGUGCCGCAGUACGCCAACCCGCGCCCAAAGUUCCAAACCUCCUACCUCGACGGCUCGGUUCGCGUCUCCCGUGACCAGGACGGCAAGCUCUUUGUCUACCGCAAGGAGAGCGGAGAGGCCUCUCCCACCGAGUAUUCGGCCGUCGCCGCCGACCUCGGCGUGGGAGCGCUGAUGGAAGGCAUGGCGCGAAGCUUCAUGGGAUCGUAG